AUGUCCGCGUCGCCCGAGUUCUUCAAGCCCGCCGCGCCGGCCUUCUCGCCGGCCUGCGCCGCGCAGCCGCCGCUCGUGUUCGCCGGGGACGACGACGACUACUACUGCAAGACGCCGACAGGCAGCAGGAUCUCCUACCUGAGGGAGCCCACCACGUGCCCGCCGGCGCCCAGGAAGCCGCCGUGCAGGAAGCGCCUCUUCCAGGCCCAACCUCAGGCUCAGGGGAUCAGCAUCAGCGUCAGCCUGCUGCCGAGUGCUCCUCCGUCCCUGUCAUCAGCCUCCGCCUCGACGAGCUCGAGCGCCUUUUCCGCCCGCACCCACCACCACCGACAAGCGACGCCGCUCCAGCUCCGUCUCCGCCUCCGCCUCCGCCUCCGCCAACAAACGCUGCGCGGCUUGAAUUGA